UCUCGCUCUCUGUCUCUCUCUCUCAUUCCAUCCUGUCUCGUUAUUCCAUUACUGUAUCAUACAGGUCUGGAUGAUUACAAAGACAGCAAUAUGGCUGUGAACCUCAGCAAGAACAGACUGGAGCUGCUAACAGCCUAUCAGGACGUUAUCAACGAGAAAUCUUCCACAGACUGGGCCCUCUACACGUAUGAAGACAACAGUAAUGACCUAACACUAGCUUCAUCGGGAGGUGGAGGAUUGCCAGAAAUCACAGUCUGCUUUGACAACAGCCGGGUGAUGUACGGCUUCUGCAGUCUUAAGGAUCCCAUUUCCAUUUUGCCUCGCUACAUCCUCAUCAACUGGGUUGGUGAAGAUGUGCCUGAUGCCCGGAAGUGUGCCUGUGCCAGUCAUGUAGCCAUGAUUGCAGAGUUCUUCCAGGUCAGUAACCCAAAGGGAGUUGAUGUCAUCAUCAAUGCUAGCAGUAUGGAAGAUAUUGACCCUGCAGCCAUCGGCCAGAGAUUGACCAAUGGAACAGCCCGGGUUGCUAGCCCUGUGCUCAGCAGGCUGAAAAUGAAGGAUGAAGAAGUGACUGAGCCAGUGGGCACCUGCUACCAGAAGACGAAUGCAGAGAUUGAAAUGAAGAAAUUAAAUCGAGAGGAGUUCUGGGAGCAAGCCAAGCGUGAAGAAGAGCUGCGUAAGGAGGAGGAAAGGAAGAAAGCACAGGAAGAGCGACAGCGUUUUGAAGAGGAACGGAUGGAACAGGAGCGUAAAGAGCAAGAGGAGCGAGAAAAGCGAUAUCGAGAAAGGGAGAAGCAGAUUGAGGAACACAGGAAGAAAUUAUUGACCCAGGAAGCAGAAGAAGCCAAAGAAAGGUCAAGUCACCAAUCAAUUUUUGUAGAGGAUGAGGAUGAAUUAAAAGAGAAGAAAAUGGAGUCUGAAGUUGAGGAGGCAGCAGCAAUCAUCGCUCAACGGACAGAAAACCCCCGAGAGUAUUUCAAGCAGAGAGAAAAAGCUGUGGCCUGUAGUUUUGAUAGUUCUCCUGCCUCAGUGCAACGGACAGGCCGCUUGGACAGCCCAUUCUUGAAGCUGCAGCAUAGCCUUCCUGAACCAAGUUCAUCCCCCCCUCGCUCCCCACUGCUGUCACCCACACUGCCCCAUUGUAGACAGCAGUCCAGCUCUUCUGGAAACAGUAACGCCAGUCCUCACCGGAGCCCGGUCUCCCCAUCUACACCUAUCCCAAGGAUCAUCACUACUCCCAUCUCUGAAGAGGCCGAAGAUGACAACAUACCGGAGAGCCAUACAGACUGGGGUCAAGAGCCAUGCUUUUCACCAUCAGCAGAAGAGGUUGUACCAAGCAAGCCAGUCCACAGUGUUGCACCACUGAUGCAAGAUCAAUUCCAAACCAAUGAAGACACAAGCUUCAUGGAGUUUGAAGAGCAGAGCCAUGUUCCAGAGCCGCUCCCACCAUCUCAGGACACAGGGAAUCUGCUGGACCUCUGGGAGAAUGCUCCCCAGUCUUCUACAGAGCAGCAGCAACAGCAGCAGCCUAUGCUGGUGGAUCUGCUGGAUGAUGCCCAGCAGUCUUCAGCAUUUUUCACUGAUGUUGCUCCUCCCCCCUCCAUGGACAUGGCCUCAGAUGGGGCAAGUUCCUGUCCAGAUCCAUCUGGGCUAUCCUUGGCUGAAGGUACUCUCCUAAGUUUUGAUGACCUUCCUGAUCCUCCCAGUACUUUCUGCAAGGGUGACAUUGAUGAGGAUAACCCACCAAGCUUGGUGGACAUUGAAGGCUCCCAUGAGAUGACUCUGAGCUACCAGCGUGCUCUACAGGAGGCCUCAGAUAGCCAGGAUGAUGGACACCUGCUUAUGACAAAUGGUGAAACACUCCAGAAGGAAAGUACGCAGGCUAGUGAAGGAUAUUUUAGCCAAUCACAAGAAGAAGAAUUUAUCCAGUCAGAAGAGAGCUCUGCCAAAGUGAUCCCAGCCCCUAUCUUCUAUAACAAACCUCCAGAGAUUGACAUUACCUGCUGGGACAAUGAUCCUGUGGCAGAUGACGAUGAGUACGGAGCAGCAGAGUGAACAACAGAAGUGAUGAAUCAUAAUAAUGUAACUAAAGAUUACUGAAAACGCAAAUGAGUUAUUGUUAAAGAUGCAACACUCCUCUGCUCUACACUGAAGAUGCAAAAUGCAGUUUUUAAGGACAUUUAAGAAAAAUAAACACUGCUGUUUUUUUUUGUGAUAAGUGUGGAGGACAAUCUUAUAAACCGGAAAAAAACAAAGAUAGAAACAAUGCCAAGUAGAUAGUGCUGCUUCAGGCAUAUUCACACUUGCCUGUAUUCCUAUUUUUUGUUUUUGUUGGUUCUGAAAUAGUUGCUCCAUUUUAAAACGCAAGGAAGAAAAAUAAAGAUUUCUUAAAUGGCUUCUGUAUUUGUAACCUCUAGCACAGAAAGAUUUAGCCAAGCCUGCCCUGCACCCCACUCUAUGUUGCAGAAUGAUAAAAUUGGCAGAGUAAGAAUGACUUCAGUUUUCUCAUACCAUUAUUAGGUAUUUUGAUUGUGGCCUUUAGACCCCUCUCCUUCAUCUGUAUCAGUGUUGUCUUUAUUAAUUUAUUUUGAAACAGCAUUAUCAGGAAGCUAAAAAUGUGCAUUAUUUCAAUAGUUCCCUUGAAUUUUCUUAAGCCAAAACUAUAGAGAAAAAAAGAGGACAUUUUAUUUAAAAUGUCAGUUAUUUUUGUAAAAGUGGCAUGGACUCUGCGUUUCGAAGGACCUGCAGGUUCAGCCUCACAGGACUAUGGCUUCUGGUUCUGACUUUCUGACCUUUAGAGUCCGAUGGGUGCCUUCACAUACUUUUCUGUGAGUUCCUGGUGUUUGACAUAAAACUCCCUCAGUAGAGUCACUGAGCAAGUAAUAAGUAAAAACUAUUCAUGUACGUGUCAGUCUCUCAAACCAACUGAAAUUGAUUAGGGAAAUAAUUAAAAUAAAGAACAAGCAAAGCAAACACUAACACAAGAUAGACUUCUAGCUUACAAAAACAUAAAAUAUACUAUGAACAAGAACGUCUUUUAAUGAAUCAGUCUGAUCAAAUGCAAAAAAUGAAUGCCUUUGUCAAAAAUCUUUUUGAUUACAGUGGUAUACUCCACCCAUGAUUUAUUAUUUGCAAUAAGAAGCAGUUCUUUAAUAACAUGAGGGGGAAGUUGCUUUGUCCACCACUAAAAGAAAGCACUUCAGAGUGGUACAGAACACCCAUCACCAAAGCAGCAAACUAAACUUAAACUACUUACCAAUUUAAUGGGGGCAAAUACUGCACUUGGUGGGAUCUCCACAUAAUCUUUGUUCUUGUAGCAGUCAGUAUCUGGAAUAACAAAGGCAGACCAAGGUGCAGGUAUUGUUUAUAUUCAAGUCAUGGACACACGUCAAAUUAAUGUUAAUAUUUGUUUUUAAAGGGAGCCACAAUGUUAAGCCAUUUGUUCUGUAACAAGACCUAACCGCAUGGGAUUAUUAUAUCUCUCUCUCUCCCUCUCUCUCAUUACCAAAAGCAAUGUGUUUAUAUUGUUAAGCAAUAAAAAUAACAGCCAACUCAGUACUGCAGUAUUAAUAAUCUAUAAACGAUCUCAACAAAGCUUCUGAAAAAUUUAUUUCCUACUGAGGACAAAAGUAUUUUUGGAUAUGUACGAGUGUUGAGAGCUGUGUGAUUUUUCUCAGGGUUGCCCUGUAAAUGUGUUUGGGUAAUUUAGGGGGUGUGCUGUAUAUUAUUAUUAGAUUUUUGUUUUAAUGUUUUUCCCUACUAAGGAGGGAUCUAUAAAAAUAACCCAAUGGGGCCUGCAUCUUUAACAUUAACUCUGGACAUCUGAAAGUUUUUAAUGUGUUACAGUUCUUUACACUUUGAUAUUGUUCUUUUUUCCCUUCUCUCUUUCUCUCUUAUCUCCCCUCCACAGCAUUAGAAGAACAUACCCAAUGCAAGGCUUUAUUUUUUAUUUUUUUUUUUUCUUUCCUAAAUUCUUCUGUCUGCUUGUCACGCACUCUUUUUGGGGGAAAAAGCACAAAACUUUUUUGUGACAGCUAAGUGCUAAUGUAUGUUAAUAAAAGAAUUUCUGAAACCUCCA